AGUUAGUAGACCAAACACUCAACCUGGUUUAGGUUUUCAUAGAAAAAUUCUUUGCGAACCAGCUAACUUUCCAGCAACCUAACCUUGUACAGUUAUUUCACAACAAAUUAAAUAAAAUAUAAUUUUUUAGAUUUACUACAUGUACAACCUUAACAUAAAAUAAUAAUAAUAAUAAUAGUGAUGACACCAUUUGUGUUAAUUUAUCUUCUCUCUGCCACAUUCUCUUUCUUGUCUUUGUGCAUGACCUUGUUUGUUUACACGCUACUACUUCCAUGGCUAAAGCUAAAGCACCAAGACGCACUCUUGACUCUUACACUGUUAAACCCAUCAACAAAACCGUUAAACCUGGAGAUUGCGUGUUGAUGCGGCCAUCGGAUCCGUCGAAGCCUUCUUACGUGGCAAAGAUUGAGCGGAUCGAAUCCGACGGUAGAGGGCCCAACGUGAGAGUACGGGUGCGGUGGUAUUACCGGCCGGAGGAAUCAAUCGGUGGUCGCCGGCAGUUUCAUGGCUCAAAGGAGGUUUUUCUAUCCGAUCACUAUGAUACUCAGAGUGCAGAUACGAUUGAAGGGAAGUGUAUGGUUCAUAGUUUCAAGAAUUACACGAAGCUUGAUGCUGUUGGAAACGAUGAUUUCUUUUGUCGUUUUGAGUAUAAUUCGUCUACUGGUGCUUUUAAUCCUGAUAGAGUUGCCGUGUAUUGCAAAUGUGAGAUGCCUUACAAUCCUGAUGACUUGAUGGUUCAAUGUGAAGGCUGCAGUGACUGGUUUCAUCCUGCUUGUAUAGAAAUGUCUGCAGAGGAAGCUAAAAGACUUGAUCAUUUCUUCUGUGAAAACUGCUCAUCUGAAGGCCAGAAGAAGCUGCAGAAUUCCCACAAUACCAGACAAGCAGAUGCAAAGCUUGCUGUUGUCCUAUGAUAAUGGGGAUUCUGUGCUUCCAACAGAGAAAGGGAUCCAGGUUGAAGUUGCAUGUAAAUGGCAGAUAAACUCAAAUACACCAAGUGUGAAUUUACUUAUCAUUGAUAUUUUUUGCCGCCACAUUCUUGCAGGCGGAAACAAAGAGGCGCCGGAGGUGAUAAAGUAAAUAAAAUACAAAUGCUGAUGUACAAUGAUAGCAGAGGAACUGGAGCUCUGUUUUUAACCCUGGUUAGGCUUCAAGCAAACACGCAGGCAGAUACAUCUGCAUCACAAGCUGUUGUAUAUCUGUGAGUGAGUUCAUGGCAGAGGGAAACUGGCUUGAAAACCUUUUGUCACGUGUAGAUAACCUUGAUUUGAGGGUUAGUCACCCCGUCGAGGAUGUGUUUGGUUGUUUGUAGGUUAUGUGAUCUUGUACAUGUUUUUCACUCUGGUUUCUUGUUUCUAUAAACCAGGGCUGUGUAUAAUCCAAACUAGUUUAACUUGUAAAUAGAUACACGUUUAUGCC